UUUUCAUUUCCCGGAAGGGUCGAAUGUGAAAAUAGGAGAGUUUUAUUUCAUCGAGAGUUAUUUUUUUUAUUCCUCGUUUGUAAUGAAGUUCUGAGAGAAUUAACCAGAAGUUUUAGUUCGUGUUUGGACGAGUUUUAUGUCUGAUUACAAGAAAAUAAUCCUAUUUCCUUCAAGGGUUUUUUUCAAAUGGAGAACGUUUCCCUGUCACCUUUGGACAAGCAGGAAAACACAGCCAACACUUUGUCAUCAUCAAUGAAUGGAGAGCAGGCCAACAAAUGUCCCAGAGUGCAUCACUCCCCUGCCCACCAUCCUCAGGAGGACCUGUGGCAUCUACCUGGACGUCUACGAAUCAACCCAUCUCUGUGGGAUAAAGAGGAUGUCGCCCACUGGCUCCACUGGGCUCAGAGGGAGUACUCACUGCGGCGAUCAGAGAAGGGACCAUUCGAGAUGAACGGUCGAGCCCUGUGCCUGCUCACAAAGGAGGACUUCAGACGCCGCUGCCCCAGCUCAGGUGAUGUUCUGUACGAGAUCCUUCAGUGUGUGAAACAACAGAGGAGGGGUGCUGUCUGCGAUCCGCAAAAUAAGCCUCCCGCCCUGACCCUGGGAAACAUACACAGCCAGGGCCCAGUCAUCUGCCAGGUCCCAGCCGUCAGUGUCCAAGAACCUCAGCCUCCCACAGUCAAUGACACCCAAGCUUCCCUCGCUUUCACCAGCGCAGUGUCAACAGCUGUGGUGACCACUGUGAGCCAAUCAGAGCCCACGUCACCUCUCAGAGAUCGUCCGUCGACCUUUCACGCUCAUGUUGUUCCACUCAUACAUAUUACAGCUGUCCCCACAUCUCCCCACAGCAAAGCUCAGUGUCCUCCAACAAAGAGCAUCAGCCAGGAGCCCCUCAACCUGUCGAGUCGAGAGAGGAGCCCAGUGCACAAAGUCAAUGGUCGCAUCCCAGAGUGCAGACUGCUAUGGGACUAUGUGUAUCAGCUACUGUGUGACGAACGUUACCAACAAUACAUUCGAUGGGAAGACAGGGACAGCCUGGUGUUCAGGGUGGUCGACCCAAACGGACUGGCGUGUCUCUGGGGAAACCACAAGAACCGAGACAAUAUGACCUAUGAGAAAAUGUCCCGUGCUCUGCGGCACUACUACAAGCUCAACAUCAUCAAAAAGGAGCGAGGUCAAAAACUCCUCUUCAGGUCUCUGUCUUUUUCUCUUUCUCAGUCACUGUCGGUAUUUUCCCCAAUGACAGCACUGGCAAGUAGUAGUUAUUGCUUCCUGUCUAUCUCCCCUCAGGUUUUUGAAACUCCCACAGGACAUCAGGAAACAGCAGGCCGACCCCGCCGAGUCCCCAGAACACACAUCACCUCCGGACGGGAACUUUUCAGACAGCAGUCCCGUGUACGAGAUCAAUGAAGACCAUUUUGAGAUUUCCCCUGAUCGUAUGUCUCCACAGCCUCCUCUAACUGAUGCUCCUGUAAGAAAGAGAAAAGUCUUUAAAUGUAACUAAGUAUAACAACAAACUGUAGUGCCCAUCAGAGAGGAGACUGGUGUCUUUAUCUUUCAGUUUUAGCUUUAGAAAAAAAUAACCCAGGCAUUAACGGUUAAACAAAAUGCAUUGUUAGAUGGAUUGUCAGAAAUUGCACUGUGAGAGCUUUUUAUUUUGCUGUUUUUUUUCUGCGAUCAGAAUGAACACUAAGGGAUAAGGGAAACUGUGAGAGAAAUUAAAACAAUAAUGCCCAGAAUUUAAAUUUCUCAGGCUCACUCAAAAUAAUGGCAUUACAGUAAAUAGACUUAUUUUCAUGCACUAAAUACUGCAAGUCCUGUAGGUAAUGGGUUUGAAUGGAUGAUUUAUUUUCAGUUUUCUCAGAUUGGAUGAAAAAGCAGAGAUUAUUCAUGUUCACACAAAAAAACUGUUCAGUACAAAAGCCAGGUUUAACAUGAAAAUUGUUAUUUUACUAUAGUUUGUGAUGACUCAACCUGCAGAUGGAGUUUGUUUGUGUUGUAAAGUUAAUAUUUGCUAAGUGCUAACAUGUGUCCUGCAUUGUAAAUGUAAUAUUUUGUAUUUCAUUAAAAUGGAUUGUGGAUA